CAAAUGAGGUAGAGUUGGACUUGGAGAGCAGCAGAGUGGUAUUGCAAUACAUCAGAGGAAGUCACACCCCGAGUAAACCCUGAAGGCAUUAUAGAGAAAGAGAUUGCACUCAUUUCUGUUUGGCUUUCUCCAGAUAUAGUUCAGACACUUAUUACCACAGCCAUCAGAAGACUGAUUCAACAGGGUGCACUGGACUGAUGACAAGUAUGCAACAGUAUUGGACCACAGAGAGAGGUGUCACUGGAGGCACAGGCAAUAUGAGUCUGGAAUCAGAGGUGACGUGCAAUUGUUCCAUUGACAGCUUCAAGCGCAGCGUGUUUCCUGCUGCAUACCUGCUCUUCUUCUUCCUGGGCCUGAUAGCCAACAGUGCCUCCCUCUGGGUCUUUCUGAGCAUGUACAGGAGGAAGAGGAGCAUCACCACAGUCAACCUGUACAUGUUGAACCUGCUGUUGUCUGACCUCAUGCUGGUGUGCUCACUGCCACUCAGGGCAGCAUACUACCUGCUGGACUCCCAUUGGCCGUUUGGGGACAUCACCUGCCGCCUGGUCUCCUACGUAUUCUAUAUCAACAUGUAUGGCUCUGUCUACUUCCUGCUGGCCCUGAGUGUCCUCCGUUACCUGGCCGUAUCACGCCCCUAUACGUUCAUGAAUCUGGAGGGGGGAUCCUGUGGUUGGGGAGGGUGUCUACUCAUCUGGAUCUUUGUGUCCCUGGCCUCCGCACCCCUACUGAGUUCUGGGACUAUCCAGGAGGGAGAAGAGCGGAUCCGCUGUCUGGAAUUGGGCAGCAGCCUUGGCACCAUCAUCGUCCUGAACCGUGCCUCCCUGGUGGUUGGCUUCACCCUGCCCUUCACUGUCAUCUCUGUCUGCUACGUGUGUGUGCUGCUCAGCCUGAGGCAGUGUAGGGCUGGGGUGGAAGGGAUGAAGAGGCCCUCCAGGAGGAAGUCUUGUGCCCUCGUUAUCCUCGGUCUCGGCAUCUUCAUGAUCUGCUUCUUGCCCUAUCAUGUAGUACGAACCUUCUUCCUGGCAGCAGAGCGGAAUGCUCAGCUAAAUGGUUGUGAGGAUUCUUGUAGCUAUCUCCAGGGGAUUCGGAAGGCCGCCGUGGUAACGCUCUGUCUUGCAGCAGGUAACAGCUGUCUGGACCCCUUCCUUUUCUUCUUUGUGGGAGAAAACUUCAGAGAUUUCUGUAUGAACAAUGGUAGGAGACAGAGGAGAGUUAACAACACAGAGAGACAGAGGCUUCAAGUGCUGCAGACCAUUGAAUUAACAGUAAAUUGAUCAACGUUACACUUUUUUUUUUAAACAUACGAAAAAUGUUGCAUUCACUUUUACAUCCAAUGUUUUUUUGUUUUUUUUUACAUUUGCUAAUCUGGUAUUGCAUUAUGAACUUUUGUUAUGGGUUGUGUCAGUCAUUUAUCUAUCUGCUUUAAAAGAAAUGCAUAUCAAUAUGUAAAGAGUGAUCUCAAUAAAUUAACUUUAUUCUCAA